AUGCCAUUUUCCAUUGGUUCUUUCUUUUCCAUCUAUCUUUUCUUUAUCAGUUAUCUUUGCUUUUCCUCUCUGUUUUCGUUUAACUUUUUAUUUCUUCUACCCUAUCACAAUCAUAUUUUAUAUUGUUCCACCCUUUCAAGAGUUACUAUACUUUUUUCUUUUCUCUUAUAUUCUUUCUUUAUUGUUACUCUUUCUCUGUUUACUUCCUCUUCCUUUUUCCAUCUUUCUGUUUACACGCCUUCUGAUACUUUCAUCUUUCAAUUCUAUUUUUGUAAUACUAUAUCUAUCUAUCUAUCUAUCUAUCUAUCUAUCUAUCUAUCUAUCUAUCUAUCUAUCUAUACGCUUCGAUUUUAUCAACAUGUUUACAACAUUGUUUCUAUUGUUACUUUCUUUGUAACACUUGUUAGUUUUUUUAUGUCUUCAGUUGAUUUCAUUUUUCCUAUUUUUUAUCUAUUUUUUUCUUUCUUUAUUUUUGCUACCUUUCUUGAUUUUUUCCUUUCAUAUUUAUCUCUUUUAUUCAUUAUCAUCUGUUAUUAUGUUUUCUUUUAUACUUAUUGUCUAUUCUUAUUCUUUAAACAUAUCUUAUUUUCAUUCUUUUGUUCCUUUUUCAUUCUUUCUUACAUUCACAUUUUUUUCUUUCUUUAUUGUUUGCUAUAUAAUCGGCAAAUCCAAUUCGUGUGCAUCUAUCCGCAUAUAUGCGUGGAUAUAUUUGUAUAA